UUGAAUGAUGACUGUUAUCUGCUGGGUUCAGAUGCAGUUCCUGCGCUAUACGUGCCAUCGAGGACCGGGAAGUCGCUGCUUCUCCACGACGGGUAUACCUUCUACUUAAAGAAUCUCCAAGCACAUGGCCGCAAGCAGUGGUAUUGUUCAUCCCGGGAUAUGGCGGGAUGCCGAGCUGACGUUAUCACGGCUCCCGCGCUUUCUGGUGAUGGGGAUAUCUUGUUCCUAGUCCGCGGUCGCCACAUUCACGCGCCCCCCAGUUACUACUUCACCCAUGACGGCAAGUACGUUAGAAGGAAAGACGCGUAUCAUAGAUACAGGUAG